AGGGUUUAUAAAAGGACGGGACAAUUCAGAACCCGAUUCAGAAUUCGAUCCAGUUGUACUACGGUCGGCGCCUUUCACAAAAUAACCAACGGACUGGACUCCUCAACGGCAUUGAAAAUGGCCAUCACUCGCUUUCGUCUUAUCGGUUCCCUUGUCUUGAGCAUUUUAUUCACUAUGUGCCCUGCCGCGCCAUUGGAUAACGCCGACGAAGACGAGGGUAAUACGUCUCCUGAUUGGCCAGUCCAAAACACAGCACAUUUCGAGUUCGCUCCACUUCAAGGAGCACAAUUCAAGAGGGCUCGGUUAACGGGUAUUUCACCGUUUGACCUAAUUGGAAAGCGGAGUAAUUAUGAUGCUAAACGAGCACGGCUUACAGGUAUCUCGCCAUUUGACCUUAUAGGGAAGCGAGACGAAGACGCAUUUGUAAAGCGAGCUCGGCUGACAGGGAUUUCGCCCUUCGAUCUCAUCGGCAAGAGAGCAUAUGGAGACUAUUUGAAGCGAGCUCGACUGACUGGGAUAAGUCCGUUCGACUUGAUCGGCAAAAGGGACGAAGCAGAUGUUCUGAAGCGGGCCAGGCUGACAGGGAUAAGCCCGUUUGAUUUAAUUGGCAAGAGAGCUGAAGACAGUUUUAAGAGAGCUCGACUGACCGGAAUCAGCCCGUUUGAUUUGAUUGGGAAAAGGGAAGACGAAGUGGCAGAUCUGGAGCUUUACAAGCGCCCUAGUUUGACUGGUAUUAGUCCAUUCGACUUGCUUGGCAAACGUCAAGAGGGUGGAAAUAGCGACAAAAGCACCCUACCUGUUCAGUCUGCCAAGCCUGUCCCAUCUGAAAAUGGGUCGGCUGACAGACACUGAUGCGUACUACUAGCCAAGGCAAAGAUCCCAGGGUGACGAAAUUGCAGGGAACGCUUUGAGCAAAAUACCUAACCGUCUUGUUGGGAUUUCUGUUCACGUCUCUGCAUCCACUAGCCACAACUGCAGCGGUGAUCAAUCUAUACAAUCAGCAAUCUCAACAGAAUGCUCCCACACAGGGCGACUGUCCCUUACUGAUAAAAACAAAAUCAUCUUUACAGUAAUGAAAUACGACGCACCCGCUUCAAAGAUAAAAUGUAUGUGCAAGUUAAGAGUGUCUUUGCUAUCAAAUUAUGUCAAUGUAUACUGUUUGGGGACUUAUUUGCACACUAAGGUGUUUAUUUCUUUUUCUCUAUGUAUCAGUUUUUGUAACGGGAGUUAAUAUGCAGGAAGAUUUCAGCGAGAGAAACAAGAUUUUGUUUUCCACAAAAGCAUGUUUAAAAAAAAAGUUCCCUUGAGUUUGAUAUCUGUUAAGAAUUGCAAAGUACCGGUUCUAUAUUGGCUGAGAAAAUCCGUGUAAAUUUGAUUCUCAAAAAGCUAUGAAUGUAGUUUUAACACAGGGGGCGUAGGUAAGGGCGUAAAUCUCCUGGGAUGGGGGAUGCAUCCCUCAAAAAAAACACGCUCUUUGACCGGGACUGACGUAAAGUGCGAGGGGCGAAUUUGCACAGCAGUCACCGUUUGCACCGACUUUGAAACCCCGGACAUUUUUGCCAUUAACCACAGUUCUGUGCAUGCUUUGGGGAAGAAUUGAAUUUUCUGAACUCUGAGUGAAUUUUGAAAUGAAUUCCCUGAGAUCUUUAGUUGUGAGGUGGCAGUUGACAUUUUGUGCUAUAUGUGUCAGGAUGUUCCAAAUUACUUUUGCUAACAUGUAGUACCAUCGGUCAUGAAUUAAUUGAGCCUCUGUUUGCGAAUAAUUAUGGCCACUAACUCAUUUCUUCACGUGUGCCUUACAUACACAGCGUAGAGUAGCUAGUUUCCCAAAGCACUUUCAUUAUGGCAGCUAACAAUCAAGCGCGCCUCGGUGAAAAUAUCGGACCAAAGCAAGAGACGUUUUCUGACACCAUCAGAAGUUGCUCAAAACACAUUGACGAGUAACUGGUAUGAGCAUAAUUAUUUAUUAGCUAUCCACAGAUACCUUUUUAUAAAUGAUACACGGCAAAUCACAUUUAACCUCGGGAAAGGUGAUUGGAGAUUUUCCUACCAUUAGAGCCUCAAACAGCGCCACCUUGCAGUUUAUUUUCAAUUAUUGUAACAUGUGAUUGGUUUCUUUGGUACACUCAAGCUAUUACAUAAAUUUGUAACGCACUGCUAGAGUUGUAUCUUCCAGCGUCUAUUAUGGCAACAGCUACAAAAAAAUGCAUUAAAAUCAUUUUCCUGAUGAAAAUACGAUUUCAAGAAGAUAUACAUAACACGUACUCCAGUUAACUAUCAGUGUCACAAUCUUAUUGUCGGCAGUCAAAUUAUCGACCAAUCUUCACCUCUAGGAAUGAUUUGCCAAGUGAGGUCAUCAAAAAUAGUUCCUCGCCACAUAUAAGGCAGUAAAUAAAUGACUCGACAAGGCUUAUGCACCUUCAGUGUCAUCACUGAGUGCUACGUAAUUGUUUCCAUUAAACUGAGAAUUUUGCAGCUCAA